AUGCAUAGGACUCGAAAGUUUGGAGAGGAAGAUUUGAGCGAACGCACCGGGUAUUGCUUCAGCUAUGCAACGGAUUCAGCCCUCACUGGUGAUGUACACCAAUCCGAGAAACGUAGACCCAGCCAUCCGCUCAAAACAACAGCCGCUCUCUUUCCUAUUCCUUGUAUCACAACAACAUUUCCUCAAUCUCAUCAACGCGUUUAUUCGUGUCACCCCCAACCCAGAGACAUAGCUCACGCGUGCCACGACGUUCAUGAUUCUCUUGCAGCCGCGACUCCUUUGUUCAUCCACCCAUAUCUGGAUAAAGUAUCGCGUCACAUCCGGUCAUGUGGCGAACCCGAGGGACAGUCGUGUGUGUACCUGUUACUGACAGAGAGGAUGCAUCGAAUCCGAAACAGUGACCGAACCACGCUGAAGGUAGAUGGCGUGUGA